GUGCAUGAACAGCGAGAUGCAGCCGAGCACUUGGAGAAAAUUUUAACCAUGGCCAGUGAGGAGGCAUCAAAGAUAUUUGAGAUACAACUCAACAACAAGACAAUCUGUGGGGAUUGUGAAGAAGAAACUGAUGAAAAAAAGUCUUUUUGGAAUCUGCCUCUUCCACUGAAGCAGUCUUCGAAUGAAAGCUACAGUGUGAAAGAUGCCAUUAAAGACUUUUUUAAAGACUCGCAUUUUACUGAAGACAACCAGCUUUACUGUGAGAAGAAGUGUGAAGGCAAACGGGAUGCUACUGUCAAAUGUGUGAUAAACCAGCAUCCAGAGGUUUUGAUGUUGCUGCUGAAGAGAUUUGAGUUCAACUAUUAUCAAAUGUGUUUUGUCAAAAACACCUGUAAGGUGGAUGUUCCCUUCAUUGUGGAGAUACCACGGAAUCAGACAUAUGAAUUGUACGCCUUUGUUGAACACUUUGGCAGUCUGAAAAGUGGACAUUACACAGCAACAAUCAGGUCCCAGGAUGACGACAGAUGGUAUAAUUUCAAUGACUCCUUAGUCACAGAGCUAAAUAAUCGUCCAUUUCAGGGAAACAAGAUUGAGGGAACCCAGAGUGCCUAUCUUCUGUUUUACAGAAAGAAAGGUGCUGAUCAAGACAACAGAAAGGUACCCAACAAAAGAGAUCUUCUGCCUGACAACAAUAAGAACAGCAGGUCUUGUCCAUAUGUCUGCAAGACUGAGAAGGAUGAAGAUGCUAAACCUACCAAUGAUGAGGCCAGUCGCCCUAAGCGUAGAAAAAGAAGUGAAAAUGCUGAUGAAGAUGGUCCGGCAGGUCUUCCUACUAGGGAAUCCAGUGAAAUGGUUGAAAGAAAUAGGGAGAACUCUGCACAAGAAGCUGAGAGGUUGACCAAUGAUAAGCAACAUCAUUCUGAGAAGGCAAAACUUGAAAUGGGGGAUAGGCUUGUCAAAAAUGUCAAUUAUAAAACAAAAAGUCAGGUGGAAAGUAGUAGUAUAACACAAAUAAACCCUUUGGAGAAAGGAGUUGUGAGAGCAGAUGUUCACAAAGACAUAAACAAACAAGUGAAUGACCACUCAAAAAUGGAAGAGAUGCCUGAUUUGAAAUCUAAUCAGUAUGACAGACAGGGCCAGGAAAAUUCAAGUGGCGAGCCCCUACUAAAGAGCGGGGAUAAAACCCAAAAACCAGAGCCUACCAGUGUAAAGAAACAAGACAGCCAUGAAAUUGAAGCAGAUGAAGACACACACGCUCCUUUGCAAGAGAAACCAGACAAAAAGAAUAAUAAAGGGAUUAAACCCAAAAAACGUUUUCGAGACUUGUUUAAAAGAAAACCAUCAAAGGACAAGGUUAAACAACCCAAAGUAAACAGUCAAAGCGUAGAAGCGAGCACUGAAUCAGGGACUGAAAGAACGAAGGAUACAAAUAAAGACAAAAUCCAAAAAAAGAAAACCAAAAAAAGAAAAGUUUCUUUCAACUGCUGUUGUUCAAAAACAGAAGAUUAA